AUGGGCUGUUCUUUUCAAGUCCUACGUGCUGUACAGCACAUGUGCAACCGCAAGCUCAACGAGCAUGGGUGCAUGCUGCGUGUGCUUACACGCACGUACGACAUAAAGGUUAUCAAUAUCCCCUUAUCCGACAAGCGGAUCACCGCAACUCAGUGCAAUAAGCUCAAGCAAGGCGGAAGGUGGUGCACAAUGUGGGCGGAAGUAAGGGUCAACAAUGAUCCUUAUGUCCUUAUGCCAGAAGUAAACGAUGGGACCUUACAGCGGCGCUGCCAGCACCGAGCGAGGCGCGCGCUGCUCACCCUGGAAUAUCUCACAGUUGUUUCACUGCUGUCCUCUACGCGCUGCGGUGCCGAGUACGACUUCUCCGGUUAUGAUCCCAUGGCCGAUGCAACUGUCGUACCUCUACAGGGCCAACUGUUGUACAGGACGACUCAUCCAAACGGCACGUGGGUCCUUUCCGUGGAUAUGGACAAUACCUACAAACUGCCAAGACAGCCCGUAAAUUCCGAGUUGGGUGUGGCUGUCUCUCCGGGACUCCGGAUUGCGCUUGUGCUGUGUGGAUUCUUUGAGCAGUUGGCCGUUGUACCUGUUGGUUCGGAGGUGGCCCCGACCUUGCUGUUUGUCGUGCUGGGUUUCGUCAUCCGUAUCCCUGCUAACUGCGUUGCGUCCAAGCAGAGCGCAAACACCUGCGUAGACAUUACCGACGUGCGAAUGGCAGCAGCGGGUUUGCCAGUGCUGUCAGCCACCAACCAGACCAUCAGGCUGCUCGUGAUUGUCCUGUCACUAAAUGCCACAUCUAGCUGCGGCGCUCAACGCGGAGCUUCGGUGGAAGAUGUCCGGAACGCGUUCCUCAGCCCUGGUGGCUACGCGGAUUUCCUGGGAAACUGCAGCUACGGCAAGAUGGUGCUGGACAGACAGGCGCUGACGGUUGUACCUCAGACCGGACUCUGCUCGCAACUGAUUAUGUCCUGCAAUGUGGAUUACAUUUCCACGGUAUCGCGGCGAAGAAUCCCUAAAGCGGCUAUGAAUGUUCCAAGCCCCGUGUAUACUCACCUGGCCUACGUGCUGCCGAACGGUACUCUCCAAGCUUGCCAAUGGUCGGGCUUGUCGGAACUUCCAGGAAAACAGAGCUGGUUCGCAGAUCACCCACAGGUGAUGACGAUUGCGCGCGUGGCGGGCUAA